GCAACGCUCGCGCCGAAAGAUCACCACCCGCCCUCUCUCCGUCACUGGUAUUACUAUCAGCUCUUCCCCUCCUCCUGGUCGACGGGCGAGCGACCCCCACGCCCCACCACCACUCCAACCACCGCUACCACCCGACCCCACGACACAAGAUUCAGUACGAGUCUCUGCUCUCAAGCCACACCACCAGCACGGGGUUCGAAAGACGAGGUAGAAAGUUUAUAACCCCGAGUGGAAAAGCCACGCCACUUCUUCGCGUCUCGGCUUGUUCCCCUCCAGUCCCGUGCGGCCUGACAAGUCGACAGAGCUCACCGCAUCCCUCUCACUGAUCUUUGGCGAAACCACACUCGCGCUGAGAGCGACCCACACGGACGUAGAACAUACAGACAGGCGGUGCACUUGUCUCACUGUUCGGCCCACUCUUUCUUCCAGGACGCUUUUUAUAGGAGGCAAAACUUCUUUUUCCUGUUCUUGUAGCCGCACUAGAAAUCACCGCCUCGCCGGAACCACCAAAACUAUCUCCAGUGCCGUCAUCUCUAUCAUCAUCAACAUCACUAUUUAAGAAAAAAUUCAGUCUACCAAAGACGGCGGAGAGAAAAUUGCAGAGGACGAAUCUACGCUGUGUGGCAAAAGAAAACGAGGAUGGCCCAGCGGGGCCUCUACAGCCCUAGGGCCAACACAGUUUCGCCGUCUCCAUUAGGGAAGGAUUAACCUGCAGUGAUAACAUGUGCCCGGCGUGUGUGUGCAGUCAACUGGCGAGACUGGAACGUCCCGACACAACAACGGAACAAGACUAACAGAUUCUACCACCAGCACCAGCGAGUCGACCACAGGCUGAUAGAGCGAGACUUGCACAUUAUUACACUCUCCGUGUGUGCGUGUGUAUGUGUGCGCGUGUGUAUAUGUGCAUGCAUUAGGCCACCUUUAUAGACCAAAGUACUUUUCACCAAGUACUUGAAAGCAGUUAUAAUAUCUUGUGUCGUGCAUUAUUUGUGGUGGUAGGAGUCGCUGUUUUGAUUACGCUGUCUCACUUAAGUUAUCGGUAAAGAUGUUCUUGAUACAAGGACGGUGAAUUGUCCUAUGUACUCCGUGAAUGAAUUCUUGUUUUCGUUUGAGGAAAAUUACUCUUGAUAAGAAUAGUAAGGGCAAUUUCUGUACGUUUUGAUGACAUUUCUCUUAGCUCUAGUGAUUCUUUUCCCUUGCAUAUACAGAGUUUGAUCCGAGUAUUGCUAGAAUAUUUCUGUUUCAUUUUUGUUUCCGCCGCGAGUGAGCUGUACCUUUCCCCUGUCCGGGGAAAUAUUUUCCCUCGAUCUUCUAUGGCUGUGAGUGCGGUCCGCAGUUUGGACAUGCCCCCGACACAGCCGACCCCUGUGAUCCCCUGGAGAGAACCAUCAGACGAUCUCGGCGGACACCCACCGCCCCCUCCCCUGGGCAACCCGGGCGGUCUGCCCCCUGUCCCCCCACCCCCGAGCCAACAGCCCAGCCACACGACCACAGUGGCCCCUACUGGACACAACACCUUGGUGCCCGUAGACCCCGUCCCUCCUGGCUCACCCCCGGGCAACCAUCAGAACAACGGGGGCACGCCCAAUUCCAACAUGUCGGAGAACAACAACAACAAGCAGCAGAUCGAGUGCGUGGUGUGUGGGGACAAGAGCUCUGGCAAACACUAUGGUCAGUUCACCUGCGAGGGUUGUAAGAGUUUUUUCAAGCGUAGCGUACGCCGGAACCUGACGUACACGUGCCGUGGGAGCCGAAACUGUCCCAUUGACCAACACCACCGCAACCAGUGCCAGUACUGCCGGCUCAAGAAAUGCCUCAAGUCCGGGAUGAGGCGGGAAGCUGUCCAAAGAGGCCGUAUCCCACCCACCCAGCACCCGUUCCAUGGCCAGAUGGCCUUUCACAACGGUGACCCGCUCAACGGACACACCUACUUGUCCAGCUUCAUCUCUAUGCUGCUCCGUGCCGAGCCCUACCCAACCUCCCGCUUCGGGAACUGCAUGCAACAGCCUAACAUCAUGGGCAUUGAGAACAUCUGCGAACUGGCCGCCCGCCUUCUCUUCUCCGCCGUGGAAUGGGCGCGGAACAUCCCGUUCUUUCCGGAGCUGCAAGUGACUGAUCAGGUGGCGUUGCUCAGAUUGGGCUGGUCAGAGCUCUUCGUUCUCAACGCCGCCCAGUGCUCCAUGCCGCUUCACGUCGCGCCUUUGCUGGCAGCGGCAGGACUCCACGCCAGCCCCAUGGCGGCCGAGAGAGUAGUGGCCUUUAUGGACCAUAUACGAAUUUUCCAGGAGCAGGUGGAGAAACUCAAAGCCCUGCACGUGGACUCGGCCGAGUACAGCUGCCUCAAGGCUAUUGCCCUCUUCUCCUCCGGUUCGGCAAACUGCUGCUCCGGCUGCCGUCUCUCCGCACCGUGAGCGCACAGGUGAUCGAGCAGCUCUUCUUCGUGCGCCUGGUGGGCAAGACGCCCAUAGAGACACUCAUCAGAGACAUGCUCCUCAGCGGCGGCUCCUUCAGCUGGCCCUACAUGGCCAUACAAUGACGCGGGGGCCUUCAGGGGGCCAACCCGGGCCUCCCUAGAAGAGUCUACUAGGGCACAGGACAUAUUAUGCAGGAUUCUGGAGGACGAGAAAGUUCUGUGAAAGAAAAGGUUCACUCUUUGUGCACUGGUUCUUCGUCUUUUUAUCUUCAAAAUGUCGUUGGACCCCGAAGGAUGAUUCCUGAGUUCAGCCAAUGUCGAUUUUUUUACGCUUGCCGACUCAAAGACACCUGAAUUGAAGCUUGUGUUGAUGGAUUGUUAGGUUCUGUUGUUCGGGAUAAAGACUGGCUGUAAAGAUUCGUUCAGGCACAAAUUGGCUAAUAUUGUGUAUGACGAACUGCAUUGAAAUCAAAGGAAUCCAGAAGUUGUGCGUCUGUUUUCCUAGUGAAUGCUGAAACAACCACGUCACUACGCUCCUGCAGAGCAGACGUCAUCCAAGUAAAACCGAGUUAACAACACUUGUCCGAAACAGAAAUGAAAAAUGACGACUUAAGAGUCAUGCCUCAUAGAAAUACUUCAUGGGGAUGUCAUACAGUGUCGGAAAAAUGUCAAAGAGGUCUGAAGAGGCCUACUUUUCGAAUAUUUUGAACGCUUAUAAUCUAAGUCUGACCCAGAUAGCCCUCCAUACGUUAUGCUAAGAAAAUUUUCCUUUUUGAAAGGGCUGUGGUUUUUCUCUUAUUCAUUGGGACUGAGUGCAAAGACGAGGCACAGUGACUUAUGAAAAAGAGUAUGUGUGCCUAGAACAUGCCCGCAAAGUACAAUUCUGCACUUAUGUAACGUUCAAAGGAAAGAGUCAACCCUGAUUGACUUUGGUUCCCUGUGACUGUUGACUGUGUUUGUGUUUGAUAUGGUACAACGUGGUUUGCGUGAGUCAGUGUUGAUGCAGCGGCUUACACUCUUAUAGUGAAUACAUUUCUUCCUGAUUGAUUGUAGAGAACAUUGAUUAACGACUGCACUUUUUUCUGGAGAAAAAUGGACUCUUUCCGAUAAGUGUGUGUGUGUGUGUGUGUGUGUGUGUGUGUGUUUGUGUGUGUGUGUGUGUGUGUUUGUGUGUGUGUGUGUUUGUGUGUGUGUGUGUGAUUAGAUUUUAAGUCUGGAUUUUAUCGACUGCCAUGUUUUAGUCUACUGACGCUCAAAUAAACUGUGACAUGGCGCAAGUUCCGUGUACUUUGUGACGUCAUGUUUCAAGAGAUGGCGUCCAACAUCUAGAGACAGCACAAGGAGACAGCACCCCUGUCCGUUCGUCCAUGCGGACCCGCAAGACACCAUUACUAUUGAAGUCGGCACUCGUACAAAUAUGAUGGGUUUUGUCUCAGUUGAAGGUCUUACAAAAUCCUGCAGCUCACAAAUGAACGCAUUAUAGCCAUUUUUGUAUGCAUAGUUUGCUUCGAUCACGUUACCAACGCAAUGCACAAAUAGAAUCUAGUAUGUUAGUUAGAUUUAAGUAUACCUCUUCUGCUCGGUCCGUCACGUGGUUACUGCCUGGGAUGAAAAUCUAGGGAUUUCUUUUUCGUUUAGUCCUCUAAAAUGUUAUAUAUUUAAGCUAUGAUUUGAAUAUUGUAACGGUCUGAAAUUUCCCCUCAAUUUACAUAGAUUUUAGUCAAUACUAACAAACAUUUUAAAGCGCACCAAAAGAAAAAUAUACCAAGAGAGCUUUUUGAACAAUCAACGGCAACGUUGUUGUUUGUUUUGUUUUGUUUGGGGGGUUUUUUUGGCACGUGGGCGGGGGGUUGUUGGUCUGCAUUGGGGUUCUAGUUAUUAACGAUGAAAUGAUUUUCUUAAAAACAGAACAAAACAAACAUAACUCAUCUGA